GAUAACUUGAAAAAAAUACAAAUGAAGUGAAGUUCAUAAGUGAUCCCUAGCAAUUGUUGAUCAGUGUAUAUUGCAGUUGAAAUAGAGAAAAAUAUUAAUCUUAUUUCCAGAACAUUGGUUGUUUAUUCCUUGAGAAACCUAGGGGGAACAAGACUUUUGACGAUGUGUGUAUAUGGUAGGAAGAAACCUAGAAGAAUUGAGUUUCAUUUUAUUAUUUUCCUUAAUAACUCUCUUUCAUCAAUGGAAUAUUUCAAAAAUUUCUUCAAUUAUUCGGAUACUUGCCCCACCCCCAGAUCUUUGAAUUGCCGCCUCGGGGGAAAUUUUCUGAAAGGAACGUAAUAAUAGGUUGUUGGAUUCUUUGAGCUUUUUUGUUGUAUGAUAACCAGAUAAUUGAAAUGAUUCCACCCCAAAUGAAUACAUGACAAUCAACAAUACGUGAGGUGUUAUACAACUGCAAGUAUUAUUUUUGUAUGGAAUAAUAAAAAACUUAAUAAUACACUUCCGAAUGUUAAUUGAUAGUUGUUGAUAAAAUUCCAUUUUCAAUUAAUUAUUGAGAUAUGUUUUAUGAAGAGGAGCUAGGUAUUUAUCUGAGAACUCUUUCAACAUUCAGGUACUAGUUAUUGGUAUAUCUAAAUACAAAAUGAGGAAGAAAGUAGCUGAAAACAGUUCAGCUGUUUGGUCUUUAAGACUCUGCGGGUUAUGGUAUCCCGAAAAGAAGAACAUUCUACUUUAUAACAUGUACUCCUGGUAUUCCAGAAUUUAUUUUCUCAUGUAUGUAGCCCAUGUCUCCUCCAUGGUGACACAUGUUUGUUUGACAUGUAGAGACGUAGAAAGUUUCGCUGCUUCUACCUACGUCUUGAGCAUCAAAGUUAUAGCGGUAUAUAAAAGGAUUUAUAUAAGUGCAGGAAUAUCACUCGCGAGGAAGCUGAUAUACAUCUUAGAUGAUGAUCAAUUUCAACCGAAAGAUGCGAACCAAGAAAAAAUUGAAAAGAAGCUUUUUAACAGCUGGAGGAUUACAGCGAAUACGCUUCUGUUUGGCGUCUUCAACACCGUCCUAUUUUUGAUCCUAUCCCCAUUUAUUGACGGCAUAUCGAAAAUGAGGCUGCCCUUCGGAGCAUGGUAUCCAUUUCAACAAGAAAACCAAGGAGUUGUUACAUAUACGAUUCUUUACGCAUUCCAGUCUUUAGGUACAAUGUUUGCGGGAUGCACAAACGUAGGUACAGACGUUUUCAUUUCGCAGAUCUUGAACAAUAUCAGCAUGCAGUGUAAUCUUAUGUCCGACACCGCUGAAAAUCUCUAUGAAUUUUCCGCAAAAGAUCUCGAUAUGUCUGAACCAACAAGGGAACAAAUCUUGAAGAACAUGAAUAAAACUCUUAUUUCCUGCAUAAAACAGCACAAGGCAAUUCUCGAAUAUUCUAAAGAGGUAGAGAAAUUUUUCAAUCUUGGUUUGAUCGGUCAGUUUGUGGCAUGCUGCAUGAUAAUAUGCAUGAAUAUGUUGAGACUGUCACUGUUAGAUGAACAAGGAGGCGAGUUUGUGGCUCUUCUCAUAUAUCAUGUGAUCAUAUGUAUAACUUUACUCUCAUACUGUUGGCAUGGCAAUGAAGUAAGCGUCAGUAGUGAGAAAAUACCCAUUUCUGCUUACAACUGCCCAUGGUUCGAAUGUAGUGUGGAAUUUCAGAAGAAUUUCGCAUUUUUCAUAAUGCGAACGCAAAAACCAAUAUCUAUUCUGACUCUGAACUUCUUUCCAGUUUCACUGGCAGUGUUUCUUUUCAUUAUGAGGAGUUCAUAUUCCUUUUAUGCCGUAUUGAGAUCAGCUCAUGAUAAGGAUUGAAUAAUAUUCAAUUGGAUGGAUGGACGACCCAGAAAUAAUUAUAUUUCUAGAUAUUAAUUUUUGUUUUUUGGUCAUUUAGUCAAAUAUAUCAAAUACUGAAAUUUUUUAGUG